ACAACAACAAAUCACUAUCAGUCUCGUCUCGCAGCCUGUGUUUCGUUCAAAAACCUCUCGGCUCUCGGUCAGUAGAGUCCGUUUGGAUAACUACCGACUGCUUACUUGCGAAGUUACCGAUUGGAAGUUAUUCGUCCGGUUGUUUAUUAAUUAUUAACAGUGGAUCUCGUCGUCCGCCGUUGUAAUCCGUUAAUACUUCACGUGUGUACGAAAAUCAGUCAAUCAAUGCGUACCUACUCGAGAGAAUGAAUACAUAAUACUAUAACUCGGGGUUGGCACCCGACGUUCCGAAUACUUGGAACUCGCUCAUCAAUAUGUACCGAUGAUAUAGACCGCUAGCAUUUUUACAGAAUGAUGCAUUCGUCAUGUGGCCACUUCAGUCUUAUACAGGAUGGCUGUGGUGCCAUAUCAUCGGCCCAAAGUACCGUAGACGCUGUACCAGUAUUCACCAAAAAGACACCAAAUACUCGAAAACCAAAUAUUCCAGACGACGAAGCAAAAAACUUUGAUAUCGUCAGAGCUACUCAGCACGGACUGUUGAACCGGUGUAAAGAAAUAAUUGAAAGUGGUUAUGAUAUAAACAAACCAGAUCCUCAAAAUAUUUAUCUCCUACAUUGGGCCGCAAUUAACAAUAAAAUUGAUUUAAUUAAAUACUACAUUUCAAAAGGUGCAGCUGUGGACCCUGUUGGAGGUGAUUUACGAGCAACUCCAUUACAUUGGGCGACUAGGCAAGGCCAUUUAUCCGUAGUAGUAUUAUUGAUGAGCAAAGGAGCAGAUCCAUGUUUUUAUGACGUUGAAGGACGCGCUUGUUUGCAUAUUGCUGCAAACUUAGGUUUUACAGCAAUUGUAGCUUAUUUGAUUGCCAAAGGUGUAGAUGUCAAUUUGCGAGAUAAAAAUGGAAUGACUGCUCUCAUGUGGAGUUCGUAUAAGUCAUUAGGACUUGAUCCAACUAAACUUUUAAUAACCCUUGGUGCUUCUAUGUCCAUACAAGAUGAUGUACAUAGGAAUACUCCACUUCAUUGGGCACUGAUUAGUCGGAAUCCCACAGCCAUCAGUAUUCUAGUCAUGAGAGGAUCACCAUUGACAAUUAGAAAUUCAAUAGGAUGUACAGCUUUAAAUUUAAUUCACGAGUCAAGAUCAGAGAUGUGGAUAGGGAUGAAUACACUUAAAACUGUGGAUGAUAAAAUGAAACCAAAGAAUAUUUUAUUAUUAAAAUUAAAUGAACAAACUAUAUCUACUAUAAUCGUUUCUGUAGCAUUUUAUGUGAUUGGAUAUGUAUUGGACUCUCACAUGAUAUAUGUAGCAAAAUUGUGUUGUUUGAUUAUUGGCUAUCUCAUUAUGUAUAAGCUAAACCGAACAUAUGCAUCAGUAUCUGAAACACUGCCUGUGUCUGUUUAUCUUGCAACAAAAUUUUGGAUGUAUGUCACUUGGAUAUUUUGGAUAUUACCCAUCAUAAGUUUCUGGUGUUCAGUUGGUUUUUUUGUUACUACGUCAUUGUUGUGGUACAAUUUUAUGUACAGUUGGAAUGGCAAUCCAGGAUAUGUGCCAAAUACUAAAAAUGAUCAAUAUACGGCUAUCAUUGAACUGGCUGAAAGCUCUGGAUUUAGUCCGGAUGUGUUUUGUAGUACAUGUUUGAUUAAAAAGCCAAUCAGAUCAAAACAUUGUAGUAUUUGUAAUAGAUGUAUAGCAAAGUUUGAUCAUCAUUGUCCUUGGGUGAACAAUUGCAUUGGUAUUUCAAAUCAUCGUCACUUUAUUGGAUAUCUUAUAUCACUACUUGUAGCGUGCGGUUUUAUUAUUUUUGGAAGCAUAAAAUAUCUAAAUAUGGCAAAUCAAUUUAAUGAGCAAACUUUUCAUUAUAAUACAUUUUAUGUCAUUUGGGAAGUUUUCAUAUUAGAUUCUUGGGUCUGUUGGAUUAUGAUCAAUGCUAUUUUACAUUCAAUUUGGGUAUCAAUGCUGUUAGGAUGUCAGACCUACCAAAUUGUCUGGCUCGGUAUGACUACUAAUGAACGUAUUAAUGCUGCACGUUACGAGCACUUUAUUCCACAUGGAAAGGGAUAUAAGAGCCCUUACAAUCGUGGUAAAUGUCAAAACCUGUUGGAUUUCAUCCAGUGCCAUUGUCUUCGUUCCAGAUUUUUAAAUGAAAAAGUAUGGUUCAAUUAUUGUGACUUUGAAGUUUUUACUGAAAUGGAAUUGAAUUUUUCUGCUGUAAAACCUGAUUUGGAAUAUGUUUAAAAAUUUUGAUUAUAUUUUCAAUUAGCAAUAAAUUGCAAACUACUAAUUAUUAAUAUUAAUACAUGAAUAUUUAUAACAUGAAUAAUAAUUCAAUAUUAUUAAAUUUUUAUUGUAUGUUUAAUUUUUUUCUAUGUGAUUUGGCUUAAUUCCAAUAAUUAUUGUACUAUAUAAUAUGUUAAAUUUUGUAAGAUUCAUAGUAUUUUAAACCCGAUUAUUUAUGAGAACUGAUUAAAUUACAAAAAUAACACGGCUUAUUUUUAUUUCACAAAUUAUUAAAUAAAAACAAUUAAUUGAAUAUUUAUUGAUUUAAUGUUUUGAAAUUGUAUCUGCGAUUGUUAUCAAUGAAAAAGUUUAGUUCUGUAGAAAAUAAUCUUGUAUUUGUAUGUCUGUGUGAGAAUUUGCUAAUUUGUGGCUAGUUGCUAGCAUAUGAAUCAAUAAUUGUAUAUUUGUAUUAUUCUUAUGUAUAAGGUAUAACUAUAUAAAUAUAAAUAUUAUUAAUUUCCGUUGAUACCAUGAUUCAUAAGUACCUAAUGACUUGGGUCUAUAAAUUUGUAUAAUUGUAUUGGACUGAGCGGAGCAAUGAAUGUAUUGGUUUUACAAUGA